AUGCAAAGCACAGAUCUGCUCGGGACUCUGCCGUCGCCUGUUCCCUCUGCUCGUGCGGAGGUGGCGAGCUCUCCUCCGCACCAACUGUGCACGCGCUCUCCAGCGAACAGAGCACGUGACGCCAACACGCUGCAUUCACGGCCCACCGGGCUGCGAGCACUGAAGCCGUACGAAGCCGUCCAUCCUGAGCACAGCAGCGACAGAGGCGGACGCAUGGGCUUGGCAAAACGGGAAACCCAGCCCCGUGCUCAAAUGGCUGAUCUCGAACUGUUUUACUUUGAUCAUCCCGAUUCGGCGGACACCUCCCCGGUUGCGCAUAAGCAAAGUGUCCGCCAGACCGGCGACGGGAAGUCGCUCCAUCCCGGCGGAGGAGAGGGUUCAGCACCACGGACAGAGAGCCGGAGAGCCGCGCGGCCGCAGGAGGAAACAGAAACAUCUUUCACCUGCAGACACCAAGGCGGUGAUGAAGAUGACGUCCAGCUGAUCGGGACGAGUCCACACACAUGCAGACUGAGUCAGAGCUCCUCAAGUGAACUGUGCGAGGGGGAGGAAGAGGAGGAGGAGGAGGAGGAGGAGGAAGAGGACAUCCCGGAACUUUACUUGCUGUCCGACGACGACCUCUCCUCCGACGCCUCGGGAAAGUCCGUGGAUUACGGCUUCAUCAUCGCCGUGACAUGCCUGGUGACUGGCAUCUCUUUGGUCGCCGUAUCCUACGCGGUCCCCAGGGACGUCCGGGUGGACCGGGACAGCGUGUCCGCCCGGGAGAUGGAGCGGCUGGAGCGGGACAAAGCCGCGGUGGGGGCCCAUCUGGACCGGUGCGUCAUAGCGGGACUGUGCCUGCUCACCCUGGGGGGCGUGCUGCUCUCCACCCUGCUCAUGAUCUCCAUGUGGAAAGGGGAGAUGAUGAGGAGGAAGGCUUUCGCUUAUUCCAAACACGCAGCGAAGUUGUACGGGUCGAUCAGUUUGAGAGCAGGCUCCAGCCCGACUCGGGGAUCCUGCUCACUGUCAGCGGCUGAUGAGGAUUUAGAAGUGCUCAGCUGA